UUCAGAUUGCAUUCAAUUGUCGGGGAAUGAAGCGAAACGAAUUGUUGCUAGUAUUUACGGUGUUUUGGUCCAUUAUUGGCCAAAUACGAACAGAAGCACCAGAAGUUUGCCUCGGACGCUCGAGUUGUGUCGUUGGUAAAUAUGAGCGAGGCUUUCAAAGAAAUCUAUACGAAGCUUUUUUGGGCAUACCAUAUGCUAAACCGCCAACUAAUGAACUAAGAUUCAGUAAUCCGCAAGAAGUCCAGCUGUGGAAAGGCACAAUUUCUGUUAAAAAUCCAAAGCCAGACUGCAUACAAAAAGAUUAUAUCGAUACCAAAGCUCGCAUUAGCGGAUCAGAGGAUUGUCUGUAUUUGAACGUCUACCGUCCCUUGAAUUCAGGUGAUAGGAAGUUACCGGUUUUGUUUUAUAUUCAUGGAGGUGGAUUUUUCAGUGGCUCUGCCAGUCCUCAAGCCGAAGGACCGGAGUAUUUCAUGGAUACAGAUGAUGUUAUAUUGGUUGUACCAGCUUACCGUUUAGGCCCAUUUGGUUUCCUUAGUACUAACGACGAAGAAAUGCCCGGUAAUUUCGGCCUCAAGGAUCAGAAUUUAGCCCUCAAAUGGGUUCAAAAAUACAUUAGCGCAUUCGGUGGUGAUCCCGAUCGUGUGACUAUCUUUGGACAUAGCGCGGGUGCUGCAGCUGCACAUUAUCACUUGUUGAGUCCUGCCUCAAAAGAUUUAUUCCGAAACGCUAUUUUGAUAAGUGGCGCCGCAAACUCUCCAUUUGCUAAGCCCAUUGACAAUCAAACAUCGAACGUCAUUGAAUUGGCGGAAGCUGUCGGCAUAAGAGACGCUGCAUAUCUAACUUCGAAAGGUUUAGUAAGGGCUUUACAGAGAAUAAAUCCAACUAGGCUGUUAAAAGCUGUCGACAAGUUGAAAUCAUGGAAUAUCUAUCCUUUGCCGACUUUCCAUCCAAGCAUUGAGCAAAGCUCAUGGAGGGAUUCAUUUUUAACGGCAGAUCCAUCAUCAUUGAGCAUAGAAAAACCAUGGAUCAUAGGACACGUACCAUCGAAGGGCGAAGGCGUGCCCAUUGCACUUCGUCUGGCAACAAAUCCAUCAUUGCGCGCUAAAUUCAAUGCCGACUUUGAUAAGUUGUUGCGCACCAUAUUAGAACUACCAGAUACCAUUGAUGGAGCCGCUUUAAAUCUGAUAAUCGAAAACUAUCUAAAUGGCGAAUAUAAAUUGAACGACAAAACAUUGGAUGGCUUUCUUGAGCUUUUAGGUGAUGGAAGUUUUAUUUAUCCUACCUACAAAACUAUUCAAUCCCAUUUGAAUUCUGCGGGUGCGCAGAAUCUAAAAGGCAUGAUAAAGUUCGAUUACCGUGGACCGUAUUCUUAUUCAAAACUAUUUACUGACAGCAAUAAAAACUUCAGUACUGUGCACUACGAUGAUGCACUAUUCCUGUUCAGGGCAUCAAGAACAUUCUCAAAGGGUUACACAAUAACAUCGCCCGAGGCAGCUGUUGUUAAACGUUAUGUGGAUCUUUAUGUGGAAUUUGCAAAAACUGGAAAUGUUAAAAAGCUUGAGGCUAUUGGCGCAUGCACAAAGGACUCGUUUGAGCAAGGCGCCUGUAAAUAUUUAUCAAUCGUGAAGAGUCCUGAACUUUUCCAAACCGGCAGCACUUCGAAUAUUGAUAGAAUGAAAUUGUGGGAUGAUGUCUACAAUGUUGGUACUUCACCGUCACCGUCGCCGUCACCGUCACCGUCACCAUCCCCUUCGCCUGACCCCACAGAUUCUCCUUCACCGUCACCGUCACCGUCACCGUCACCAUCCCCUUCGCCUGACUGCACAGAUUCGCCUUCACCGUCCCCUUCGCCCACCCCGGCACCUACACCUACAUUUGGAGAAACAACAGGAAUGUUUGCAAUUCUCAUUACCAGAUCGUAUCGAACCAACGCGGAAAUGAGACGAAACGUAUUGAUUUUAUUAUUUUUUGUGUAUUGCUCCAAUUUUAGAUUCACAGGAGCAAUAAUACCGAAAGUUUGCCUCAAUAACUCGACUUGUUUACUUGGAAAAUUUAUGCUCGGCUAUCAAACCAGUCUAUUUGAAGCCUUUUUAGGCAUACCAUAUGCCAAACCGCCCCUUGGUGAUUUGCGAUUUAGUAAUCCAGUAGAAGCAGAACUUCGGAACGGCACAAUUUUAACGAAAAUUCCGAAACCAAAUUGCAUACAAAAAAAUUAUGUCCAGACUGCGGCACCAAUUACCGGCUCUGAGGAUUGCCUUUACUUGAAUGUUUACCGUCCCAAGAACUACACUUCUAAAAAUUUGCCAGUUUUGUUCUACAUUCACGGUGGUGGAUUUUUCAGUGGAUCGGCAAGUCCUUUCGUCGAAGGGCCGGAAUACCUUAUGAAUACAAACGAAGUUAUAUUGGUUGUGCCAGCUUAUCGUUUGGGCCCAUUUGGAUUCCUCAGUACGAACGAUGAAGAAAUGCCGGGAAAUUUCGGUCUAAAGGACCAGAAUUUAGCACUUAAAUGGGUUAACACACAUAUUUCCGCUUUCGGUGGAAAUUCUUCACGUGUAACUAUUUUCGGUCAUAGUGCUGGUGCUGCAUCUGCACAUUUCCAUAUGGUGAGCCCUGCCUCAAAAGGUUUAUUCCAAGGCGCCAUUUUGAUUAGUGGUGACGCAAACGCACCAUAUGCCAAGCCCGUGCCCGAUCCGAAAACUCAAGCCAUUGAAUUGGCGCACUUUGCCGGUGUCAAAGGGGCUGCUGGCCUAAACACUACUGAGCUGGUUAAGGCGUUACGAAAAAUAAAUAAAGUUACAUUACUUUCAGCUAUCGAUAAGUUGAAAAUUAGCAAUCCCUAUCCAUUAGUAACUUUCCGUCCCAACAUCGAAGACUCAAAUUGGCCGAAUGCAUUUUUAACAGAAGAAGCAUUUGCCACUCUUUCCGGCGAUUUUAAUUCCAUAACCGUUCCAACGAUUAUAGGUAAUGUACCUGCAACGGGUGAAGGUAUGGUGCUAGCACUUCGUCUGGCAAGUAAUCAACAAUUGCGAAAUAAAUUCAAUAGCAAUUUUAAACCGUUGUUGAGUGCAAUAUUGGACAUACCAGAGGUAGAGGCUUCAGACGCAGUACUCGAAAAGUUAGUCUCAGUGUAUAUGCAAGGGACGUAUUAUUUGAAUGACUAUACAUUGAAUGGAUUUUGGGAGCUUUUAGGUGAUGCGAAUUUUAUUUAUCCUGCCUACAGAACCAUUAAAUCUAGUUUCAAUAGUGGGAACUCAUGUACAGACACAUCAACUACUGAAUCAGCAACCGCGACGACGGAUAUUUCAACUUCCCAAACAUCGAGUGCAACCGCGACGACGGAUAUUUCUACUUCCCAAACUUCGAGUGCAACCGCAACGACGGAUAUUUCAACUUCCCAAACAUCGAGUGAUGCAGCCGAUAUUUGUCCAGUAAAUGCUUUUUACGCUGAUGCUGUCAUUGGGUCUGAUGAGUUAGAUUCAGAUAUCUCACGUGAGUCGGCGGUUAAUUUGUCAUCAGACAAUUCGCAGGAUUCAUCUUCAGAUGCCACGGCUGAGUGUUUAUCAAAUGUGAUUGGAAUUAUAAAAUACGACUAUCGUGGCCCAUAUUCAUUUUCUAAAAUAUAUACUGGCAGCUAUAAAAACUUUAGUACUGCUCACGGCGAUGAUUCACUAUUCCUGUUCAGGGCAUCGCAAACCUUCCCUUUGGGUUAUGCGAAAACAUCUCCAGAGGCAGCUUUGGUUAAACGUUAUGUGGAUCUUUACGUGGAAUUUGCCAAAACUGGGAAAGUUAAGCAAUUUGAGGAAAUGAACGCUUGCACAAAGGCAUCCUUAGCGGAUGGUCAAUGCCAGUAUUUGUCAAUUGUGAAGGAUGUCGAACCAUUCCGGGUUGAUAGUGCAUGGAAUAUCGAUCGACUGCAAAUGUGGGAUGAAAUAUACAACUAAGCUGUUACAAGUGCAUACCUAAAGUGCCUUACAAAGUUAAAGUAUGCGGAACUAUAAUUUGGUAAUCGGAUAUUUUAACCCUUAACUGGUAUCCUGAAUUUGACGUAUGUAUGUACGUAAAAAACAAAACAUGAUAUGGAGUUCGCACAGCCCCUACAAUAUCAGUUAAUUGUUAGAUAUAAAUGCAUUUCGGUUUAUUAUACAAAAUAUUAAAAAUUAUUCUCAAUGAAAGCAAUGAAUUGACCUUUUUAAUGCAAGAUUUUUUAUCAAUAUCAAUAUAAUUUAUACAAG